AUGCUACCAUCUAUCCAAACUUUGUUUAACGCUAUCGAUGUUCAACAAAGAAAUACUUAUACUCCAUUGAAUUUCCCUCAAACACCUGCACAUCAAAAUAUUAAUCACAAUUGUAACCAUCCUUAUGCAAUCAAAACAUCAAUUCAAACUCCUACAUUCAUAUUACCUCCUCCAGUAGUCUCUGUUUCUCCUACUACCCCUCCUCAAUCACAUCAUUGUUUACAUUCUAGAAGUUCUAGCAGUUCAAGUAAUAAUAGUACUUUCUCUAUGGGUAAUAAUAAUAAUUUUAAUACUUCUUCCUCGUCUCUUCUUUCACUUCCAACUACAGCCGGAGAUUCAAAUUAUCACAGUUCUCUACCAUCACCAUCGCCAUCACCAUUGAUUAUUCCAACAGACAAAUCUGCUCAAGAUAAUGAGAAACUACAACAAAAUCAAGAGCAUUUAAAUAGAGAUGUAACUGUAAAUGUAACUGAGAAACAAACUGAAAAAAAUCACUCGUUAAAGAAAUCAAAAUUAAAUUAUAUGGUUUCAAAAAGAUCGAAUUUACCAAAGGAAACAGUUCAAAUUUUAAAUGAUUGGUUGCUAAACCAUUUACGCAACCCAUACCCUACUCCAAAGGAAAAGUCCGAAUUAUUAGUUUUAACAGGGUUAACUAAAAUUCAAUUAUCUAACUGGUUUAUUAACGUCAGAAGAAGGAAGGUUUUUAGUGACUAUUAUGUCUUAGCUAAGAGUACUAACGACAAUGAUAAAAAUACAAGCGUUGGACUUUCAAGUGAUGACGAAAAUAUCGAUUCAACAAAGAAAGUUCCAAGCUUCACAAAGAGAAAGAGAUUAAGUGAUAGAUUAGAAGAAUUGAAAAAAAUUUCCAAUAAUGAAAAUUGA